AUGCCUUGUGCGCAACCGCACUCCGUACAUUGGGCAUCCUCCAGGCAGCUCGGCGCGCACAUCCUGCGGGCAAGUAAUGCGAUCAACAUUCCACGCCACAAACCCGGUACUCCAGUAGUACUGGGAAUCAUCAUCGGCACUCAAGUCAAGUCAACGACUAAAAAAGGGUGGGCGGCUACCCGGUUCUCAUCGGCACCUGUCGAGCGUAUUGCGAAAGUGUCCAUAUACUGUUUGAGCUAUAGGUUGCAUUGCGAGCUUGGCGAUUGCCGCAUUAUGAGCCUUACCGAUCGGCCAUUCGCGUCCGAGGCGGCGACAUUGCUCUGUCUAGACGGAGUAGAGGUCGUUCUCCCUAAAGAGUAUAAACGAACUUCAAAUAUAGCUACUUCAAAGGCUUUCUCCAUUUUAUUUUCCAUUUGCAUUGGCUUGUACAUGCACCAUACCGUGUUGUACAUGGCGGAAGCAUCCAUGGUGAUCUUCCACCCACAAUGUCUCCGGUACGUCAGAUUCCCGUCUUUUCAGCAAAGAUCAGAGACGCCCCUUCAGAAAUCAUGUGGCUUGCCAGCACUUAUGCAUUGCAUCUCGCAAAAUACCAGUCCCGAUUUUGUCAAUCUUGCGGUAGUUGGCCCUCUACCGUGCGCGUUGUAUCAAUCCGCAGCCGAACGAUCCUAUGAAGCUUGCAGGCUCGUGAUGAAGCAGUUGACUUGCUGGCUGCUGCGGUCCGCUGCCAAGAGGCACAGAGAAAUGCCAUAA